GACUGACGCGCAGCCCGGAACUCAGCCGAGCGAUGCGAGCGGGCGGCGGCGGCGGCGGCGGGGCGCGCGGGGCAGCGGGGCAGCCUUCGUCUUCCGGGGGGCGCCGCGCUCAACCGCAGCAGCCCAGGCGGCCGGCAUGGCCGAUUACCUGAUCAGCGGCGGCACCGGCUACGUCCCCGAGGAUGGGCUGACGGCGCAGCAGCUGUUCGCCGUGGCGGACGGGCUGACCUACAAUGACUUCCUCAUCCUUCCCGGCUUCAUCGACUUCACGGCAGACGAAGUGGACCUGACCUCCGCCCUGACCCGGAAAAUCACCCUGAAGACCCCCCUUAUCUCCUCCCCCAUGGACACCGUCACCGAGUCGGAUAUGGCCAUUGCCAUGGCGCUGAUGGGGGGCAUCGGGAUCAUCCACCACAACUGCACCCCGGAGUUCCAGGCCAACGAGGUCCGCAAAGUGAAGAAGUUUGAGCAGGGCUUCAUCACCGACCCAGUGGUCCUGAGCCCCAGCCACACCGUGGGGGACGUCUUCGAGGCCAAGAUCCGGCAUGGCUUCUCGGGCAUCCCCAUCACCGAGACGGGCAAGAUGGAGAGCCAGCUGGUGGGGAUCGUGACCUCCAGGGACAUCGACUUCCUCUCCGAGAAGGACUACAAUACCCCCCUCAGUGAGGUCAUGACCAAGCGCAGUGAGCUGGUGGUGGCCCCGGCAGGCGUCACCCUGAAAGAGGCCAACGAGAUCCUGCAGCGGAGCAAGAAAGGCAAGCUGCCCAUCGUGAAUGAGGUGGAUGAGCUGGUGGCCAUCAUCGCCCGCACCGACCUGAAGAAGAACCGCGACUACCCGCUGGCCUCCAAGGACUCCCGCAAGCAGCUGCUGUGUGGGGCAGCCAUCGGCACCCGGGAGGACGACAAGUACCGGCUGGACCUGCUGGUGCAGGCCGGCGUGGACGUGGUGGUGCUGGACUCGUCUCAGGGAAACUCCGUCUACCAGAUCAAUAUGGUUCACUAUAUCAAGCACAAAUCUCCGGAGCUGCAGGUCAUCGGGGGCAACGUGGUGACAGCUGCCCAGGCCAAGAACCUGAUCGACGCUGGCGUGGAUGCCCUGCGCGUGGGCAUGGGCUGCGGCUCCAUCUGCAUCACGCAGGAAGAGCUGCUGCCUGGGCUUCCCUGGCUGCGGCCCGCGGCUCUCUGGGGCGGCCGAGGGCCGGGCCAGACCCUCGCUGGGCCCUUCCUGCCUAUGACUCUCCCUCCCUCAGUGAUGGCGUGCGGCCGGCCUCAGGGCACCGCGGUCUACAGAGUGGCAGAGUAUGCCCGCCGGUUUGGGGUCCCUGUGAUCGCGGAUGGUGGCAUCCAGACGGUCGGCCACGUGGUGAAGGCACUCUCACUGGGGGCCUCCACAGUCAUGAUGGGCUCCUUGCUGGCGGCUACCACGGAGGCCCCCGGGGAGUAUUUCUUCUCCGACGGCGUGCGGCUGAAGAAGUAUCGGGGGAUGGGCUCCCUGGACGCCAUGGAGAAGAACCGCAGCAGCCAGAAACGCUACUUCAGUGAAGGGGACAAGGUGAAGGUAGCGCAGGGCGUCUCCGGCUCCAUCCAGGACAAGGGCUCCAUCCACAAGUUCGUGCCAUACCUGAUUGCUGGCAUCCAGCACGGCUGCCAGGACAUUGGCGCCAGAAGCCUCUCCGUUCUGCGCUCCAUGAUGUAUUCAGGGGAACUGAAGUUUGAGAAGAGGACGAUGUCAGCGCAGAUCGAGGGGGGGGUCCAUGGCCUCCACUCGUAAGUCUCUCUGCUUCUUGGCUGCCCUG